GAGACAGAUCAAACGUUCACAGCAUGGCUGUGAACUAAUUUUCCCAGGUUCCUGAUCCCAUAUAUUUGAAGCGAUUCUUCUAGUUCUCUUUAGCGACACCUCCUUGCACGUACAUGUACUAUGAAUGGUCGCGGGUACGACAGCGACAGUGAGGCGUCGGAGACCGAUCAAAACCCUUUAUACCAUAUUUCACCAGAGAUCCUCAAUCAACUUGCACAUCUAAAUCUUGCGGGUCGGCUCAUUUCCAAAAGGAAGAAAUCUGUGUCGACGGGUGCGUAUGGAGAUAUCUCCAGAGGUCGAUACGUUGUAGAAGGACGAGGUUCAGUUAGGGUUGCUAUCAAAUGUCUUCGAUUCUAUUUGAAAGAUGACAUCAGACUGCUGUUUGAGAAGGAGAUUUACGUCUGGUCAAAGCUGAAGCACAAGAACAUUCUUUCUCUCCUUGGAUAUGAUUUCGACGGGGGGACUGGGUAUCCAUUACUGAUAUCGGAAUGGGUGGAUAAUGGAUCGGCUUGGAUAUACGUUAGAACGCAUCCCGAAGCCGACGUGGUGCGUUUGGUCUCUGGGAUUGCCCAAGGUCUUGCGUAUCUCCACGAGGAAGGCAUUAUCCAUUCGGACAUCAAAUCUGAUAACAUUCUCGUCUCGAAUGAUGGUGAAGCUCUCAUAUGCGAUUUUGGAUGUUCUCGAAUCUUGGCUGCAAGCCGGACUCUCGCCCAACUCACCUCUGACCUGAAAGGGACGUCGAGCUACCUUGCUUAUGAGCUUGUGACUGAACGAUCUAUGGGACAUACGAAGCAAUCCGACGUGUGGGCGUUUGGGAUGACUGUAUUUGAGCUAUUGAGUCAAAAACGCCCGUUCGAAGGACUGUCGGAUGUCCAGGCAAUAGCAGCAUUGCAAAACUAUGAUUUGCCUCCCUUUCCAGAGACAUUUCCAAAGAGAAUUUCUACCCAAGAGGCGGAGACUCUGAAAACUAUCUGCUUAUCCUCCUGGAACCAGAAGCCCUUAGAACGCCCAUCAAUGACAAACGUGGCGGCACGAUUGGAGGUAUUUUCAAGAUCAAAGGAUGUUCUACCCUCAAGUGAUGCGUCUGCAAAAGGCUCAUCAAGGCCUACCAAGGAAUCAAAUUGGCAGAAUGUAGCCUCUGUCUCCGCCAGUAGUGCAGCCCCGCUUUGUGACGAAGACAGUUCACAAACUUCACAUGUCGCUUCUCCUCUUCAUUCAUAUACAGUUCCGACGUCUCAAGACUUGCGUCCCCUUUCAUCUUCUUCAAAUCGUACUGGUGGAAAGUUAUUCGGGCCGCGGCAACCCAAGUCAAAUCUUUCCGUCUCGACUUCGCCCUUAGAUACUCAUGCUAUCAUUGGGGAUCCGUCUAGUGGCCAAAAUACUCGAGGUAGAGGUAUGUCUCUGAGCCCCGAUAGUUUUCGUCGUACUCUCGUGGAUAAAGUUGAUGGUGCCUCCCAAGAAAGAUCGGACACGCCAAAAUCGUCUGCAUCAUUGACUCAAGGUUCUGACGAAUUUGUCGAAGUUAUUUCACCAAGCCGUCGUUCUGAUGAAGAUGAUAUCGAGAAGGUCUGUGAAAUACCAGACAUACGGUUAUGACUUACUUGGAUCGUUAUGCAUUUCCCAGAUCAUGGAUCAUGGAUCUGCUAUAGACUAUAUCGUUCGUAACACAGAUGCAGAUGCUACUGUCAUCCAUGAGCCGGCUGUCCGUUCCUUCGCGGAGACGCAAGACGAUGCAAAGCGACCAGAAGAGCUUCAUUUCGCGGGGCUUGAAGUCAAGGUAGAAUCCGAUUCCCCGAUACAAAGUAUUGUUGGAACAGUAGCGUUGCUGCCUUCUAUAUCCGAUGUUGCAAGCGGCUCAUCUACGGAAGCCGAUGAACCACCUGUAUUGUCAUCGCCUAUGAUGCUUGGUGAGCAUGGCCGCAGUGCUAGUGAGGAUGAUAUCCCCGGACACCGAACUCUCAGACAAGGAUCUGACGUCACAGUGCCCAAGUAUACUGGUCGCAGGAACGGCAAUGCAUCUGGCGCGUCACCUUCUGCUACCACGGUCUGCAUGGCUUGCUCUUUGCCAAUGGAGGGUGCAUUUGUAAGGGCUCUAGGAAAUGUCUGGCAUCUUCCGUGUUUUAGGUGCAGGGACUGUGGUGCUGUGGUUGCGUCUAAGUUCUUUCCCACUGACGGUCCUGGUGGCAAACAGCAGCCGCUGUGCGAGCAGGAUUAUUUCCGUAGACUAAACUUGCUUUGUGCCAAUUGUGGCCGGGCAUUAAGAGGCAGUUAUGUUACGGCUUGUAACAAGAAGUACCAUAUCGAACAUUUUACGUGUACAGUGUGCCCGGUACUAUUCGGACCUCAAGACUCUUAUUACGAGCACAAAAAUGACGUUUACUGUCACUUUCACUAUUCGACUCGGUUCGCAACCAAAUGUGUUGGUUGCAACAGCGCUAUUUUAAAGCAAUUCGUGGAAAUCAAUCGUAAUAAUCGUGAUGAAUGCUGGCAUCCGGAAUGUUAUAUGAUUGACAAGUUUUGGAAAGUCAAGAUUAGACCGGCGAGUUCCAAUACCUCCGCGAUUGAUGUGGGCGAGGAACCGUGGAAAGAGGAAGAGGAGAAAGAAACGGCGCAAUCGCUUGGAAAUAAACAGGUGCGGAUGGAGCAGCAUAUAUAUCGUAUUUGGACUGUGCUGUCGGCGUUUGAGGAGGCGAGUGCAGCCUGCAUUUCAGAUACGUUGCGACAUGUUAGCACUGGCCAGUACUUGAAUGCUCUCCGUAUGUCAGAAAAAUUUAUCUUGCGCGUCGAAGUCCUGUUUGCAACAAUUGACGACAUGGAGACAUGUUUCUCUCGGCUAAAUUUGAAAGGCAUGUCACAUGUCCGCGAGGCACGUCUUCUAUGUCGAAAGACUGUGGAUCUUUUCACACUGCUCUCGAGACCCCAAGACAAUCAAAGGCGGACUGGUAUGACCGAGGAGCUGUUAGCUUCCGUGACAGGACUCGCUCAUUACUUGAAGAUCCUCAUCCGGAUAGCGCUCACGGGUAACCUCAAACUCGAGCGCGAUCACUCAGCCCACGAGGCAAUAGACAAUUUCCUCGACAAAUUGCGUCUUCUUGCUGUUCAGGGCGGUAGUCCAAGUGCCCGUCGGGCUGUACAAGACAGCGAAAAGCAUACAGGCGCUUUCGGCGGAGCGGAUAACACGCGGGGCGUGACGUAUGGUUUCAAGAGUUUGGCUCCUGAGAUUGCGGGCGAGUCACCAUUGAGUUCCUUCAACGAUGGCCCUGAUUCGCGCGUUCCACUGGUGGAGCCCCUUUCCAUCAAACAACCUUCAGAUCUUUGCAUAAAAUGUGGAACCACAAUCGAAGAGGAAUGUGCACGGCUGGGUACGUAUCAUCGCUGGCACUCACAUUGCUUACAAUGCUCGGUGUGCGGGAAAGCAUCUGCGUCUAUUCCGAGGGAAACGUCGAACGACCCUAGCUCUGAUGGCAAGGAAGCACUUCCUCUGAAGUUGACUACGAUGCGUCUACCACCUGCAAACGUUGACAUGUUUGUAUAUGAGACGCAGACGGCGAGAUUUUCUCAUUACGGGCCCGUCCCCACGGUAAUAUUUUGUCAGGACCAUCAACGUGCAGGAUCAGUCGGUGGAUUUCAGGCCGUGACGAAGCUCGAACACUACGCAUUUUUAUUGAAUGUCGCCUUACGUAGAUUGUCCUAUCUGCUAAAGCAGAGGGGAAUACUAGUUCCUCCUGCACCCUCUAUAACUCUGCAGCCCCCACCGUAUGACAGCCUCGAGCAACAGACGUAUCGGGACUUAGGCGAUAUUAUUCGUAUGGAACCAGUUCAUCUCGAUCGUAAACGAUCGGCAACGCCUCGUCUACCAAAGCAUUCAACAAUCAUAGAGUCGCAAUCGGGACAAACAGCACAACCCACUGGUGUCGCCAAUGUUACCACACAGGGGAAUUUCACACCAUCUGCGCAGGCGCAAUCUGGGACGCCCUCAAGCUCUCAAACACGGCCAACGAAGUUGAAGCUCUUCGGUUUGAGUUCAGACCGAUUAUUCAGGUCUAUGUUUGAGGGGCGGAAAAAGCCAGAACGCUCCUUUCAUCCUGCUACUACCUCAGAGACACCAGAUUCUUAGGUAGUGGGGAAGAAACUAAAUAAUUUCAUCUCACGUUCCUGUACUUCUGGGGUUUUGCAUAUUUAAUAUGGGUCAUUGCAUGUCUAUGUCUCCAGCUUUCAGUACCUGGUUCGUAAUGGUAACUCAAACUACCCGGAAGUUGCUUCUCCUACCUCUAAUUGACUCAAUACUCUGUAACCCAUCUAUACUACUUAUGUAUCUUUACAUGUCUAUGUCUGG